GGUGGGAGCACCUUCACUGUGUUGCAGCGCAAGUGAGCACACUGCAGCCUCCUGCCUGCUCUUUUAGGCUGGGAGACAGUAGGGAGGUGGGAGGAAUGAAGGAGUUGAGCUGGAAGCCCAUGUGUACCUCUUCACAGUUGUAGGUAAAUUUCUUGCCUUACGAGCGCCUAUUUCUGCGUUCUUCCUGCUGGUCGUGUUUCCCUGUGCUGCGCUGAACGAGCAGUUGCUGGAGGGAGCCAUCCCACACACCCUGGGCAGAGGGAAGCACGGGCAGUUAACUGGAUGCAACAUUUGUGUGUUCUCCACUGGGGCAGGCGGAGCUCCCCGCUGCUGCAUCCCCACCCCUAGUAGGGGAAAGGCUGAGGAGCCUGCCAUGGGGCGGGGCAGAACUGUGGGUCAUCAGCCUCGCGGCUGCAUUCUUGUUGCUUCCUGGGUUAAUGAUUGCUGGGGUGGCGAGGUGCUGCCAGUCUCCAGCACGCAGUAAUUGACCUCACCUUCGCCUGCUCUGCGGGGGUAAGAGGGGCUUGGGUCUUCUCUACGUGGCUUUGGGGCACGCGGAAGGUUUUCCAGUGUGGUGUGUGGGUGCACCCCACCAGGUGCACCAUGGUGGAGGUGACGGUGACGCCGAGCUCCUCGCUGGCUGACCAGAUGGUGCAUGUGGUGGUUUCUGGACUGGCUCCCUGGCAGUUGGUGACUCUGCGUUCCUGGCUGAUGGAUGAGCAUGGCGAGCGCUUCCAAGCACGUGCCUUCUACCGCUCGGAUGAGGAGGGCACGGUGGAUGUGGGGCGGCACGCUGCCCUGGGGGGCAACUACAGCGGCGUCUGGCCCAUGGGACUCUUCUGGUUCCUGCAGCCUGACAACCUCUUCAAGCGCCUGGUGAAGCGUGAUGUGAUGGGCAGCCCCUUCCUCAUCCACCUGGAGGUGUUUGACGGCCUCCGCCUGGUGUCGGUGCAGCAGGAUGAGCCUCUGGCCACCUGCACCGCCGAGCGGUGGUACGUGGGCCCUGGUGUGCAGCGGGUGCCCAUCCGCGAAGGGAGGGUGCGGGGGGCCCUGCUGCUGCCACCAGGCCCAGGGCCCUUUCCAGCAGUGAUCGACUUGUUUGGGGGUGCGGGUGGUCUCAUUGAGUUCCGGGCUGGGCUGCUGGCCAGCCGGGGCUUUGCAGUGCUGGCCUUGGCUUUCUUCGCCUACGAGGACCUCCCCAAAGGCCUAACCCAGCUCGACCUGGACUAUUUCGAGGAGGCUGCCAAGCUGCUCCUGCAGCACCCGAAGGUGCGAGGCCCAGGGCUGGGUGUCAUUGGUGUGUCCAAAGGGGCUGAGGUGGCUCUGGCCAUGGCCGCCUUCCUCCCGCAAGUGGUGGCCACAGUGUGGAUCAACGGCACGACCUUCCUGUAUGGCAACCCCCUGCUCUACAAGGGCCUCCGCAUCCCUUCCAUCCCGUACCAGACCGAGCGCAUGCUCUUCACCGAGCUGGGUGCCAUGGACAACUCGGCCAUCUUCGCUGACCCACGCAGCCCAGCCUGCAGCUCCUCGGCCAUCCCGGUGGAGAAGAUCCAAGGCAAGGUCCUCUUUGUGGUGGGUGAGGCCGAUCGCAGCUUCAACAGCAAACUCUUCGCCCAGCUGGCCGCGGAACGCCUGCCGCAGGACGCCUACCGCCUGCUGUCCUACCCUGGGGCUGGCCACCUCAUCGAGCCUCCCGGCUCACCCCUCUGCAGCAUCUCCAGCCUGCGUGGCAACCCUCUGCCUGUGGUGUGGGGCGGAGAGCCCCAGCCCCAUGCCAGGGCUCAGCAGCACUCGUGGCAGGAGAUUGUGCAGUUCUUGGAGCUGCACUUGAGCCCUGCUCCUGCUAUCAAGUUGUGAGCUGCUCAAUAAAGGCAAUGGUUGUACCGGGGGGCACGUUGGGAGUUAAUGAGUCUUGGUGGAGGUUAAUGAGGCCCCUUCACUCGGGGUGUGAGUGUGCUGGGCAAGGAGCAGCAGCGGUCACGUUUCCUGUGCUCAGCCCCAAAGUGGGAUUUUACAUCUGGAGUUGCUCUCCAAGAAAAGAGAAGACUGAGCCCAAGUCUUGUUGAGCCAUGCUCUCUUCCUGCUGAGCUGAAUGUCUCCAUGCAGUCCUGGCUCAGAAAUCAUCCUUUAUCCUCCCAUGGAAGGGGAAUGUUGCCCCAUGGGU